UUCCGGGAUCUCGUUGGAUCAGACUGGGCAGGCGCUGUGUGUGUGAUGAAGUGGUUUCCGCUCACUAUAUACCAGCUGUAAACAUGGCGGAGGAGCUAUUAGAAGCAGUGGAGAAGUUGCAGUCACGGCUUUCAGAGAAUCAGGAGCCCAGGAAGCUGUUGAAGACACUUAAGAGAUUGGGAGAGCUGCCUAUGACAGUGGACAUUUUGGUGGAAACGGGCGUUGGAAAGACUGUAAAUUCUCUACGCAAACAUAACCUUGUUGGUGAGAAUGCAAAGGAUCUUGUGGCCAAGUGGAAGAAGCUCGUACCACAGUCCGCAGAUAGACCAAGUAACACUAAAGAAGCACGCUCCCACUCAAGGCCAGACAAGUCCAGAGGUUACAAACGUACUAGAGAACCUUCACCAGAGCAACUGCCACCCGCAGGGGAUGAAGAGGAAGAAGAAUAUCGACAAGAAUACUCCCCCUCCCCCCCACAGCACUACAGUCAACAGUAUGGUCAUAGAAAUUCAGGGGGUUAUCAAUCAGAGGAAUAUGAGAGUCCGGUAGACGAGCCAGUACCUAGUCCCCCACAAAAACAAAUAGGACACAGCAAGCCACACAGGGAGCAAGCCAGAGCACAUGGCUCUCAUUCCUCCAGGGAGCAGGAGAGACCGAAUCGCCCAGCUCAGGUUCAGAGUGAGGCACAGAACCGACAAUAUAAUAAGGAACAGAAAGGAACAGUGACACACCCAUCAUCAAAACGCAGUCAUCAAUCCUCCACACAGGAAAGUAAGAAAGAAAAGAAAAAAGUCAGUGAUGGCAGGGAAAAAAGAGAGAAGCCAGAGACAGUGCAAGAUGAUCAUGAAGAGAAUUCCUUUGAAGCACCUACCAUGUCUUUUGAAUCUUUUCUGACUUAUGAUGAACCUACUCACACUAAGAAAAAGAAGAAAAACUCUCGACCAGCUCAGCCUGUUACCCAUGCUUCUUCAGUAUCCUCAAAGUCCAAUAAAUCUAAUGGGACUAGCUUUAAACGGCCCGAGUCAUCUACCGCAUCAGUAUCCACACCCAUAGUGCCAGAGAAACGCAGAAAGGUUCUUCCUCAGAUAGUUGAUGUUGUGCCCAUUUUACCUGACAUUCCACUGCCAGCGAUUCAACCCAACUAUAGACCGCUGCCCUCAAUAGACGUCACACCACUCUCCCCACAGAGACGCAAAGUUCCCAUACCAUAUGAUGAAGAGGAUACUGGCUUUACUGGGCGACGUUUCAAUUCCAAAAUGGUGGUGUACUCUGGCUCAAAGUCCUCGUGUUUGCCCAAGAUGAUGACUCUAUAUGACCAGUGCAUUAGAGUUCUGCAGAACAAUAUUGACUCAAUUGAUGAAGUUGGUGGUGUGCCUUAUGAGAUUUUGGAGCCAGUUUUAGAAAGAUGUACUCCAGAACAGUUGUACCGCAUUGAACAGUGUAACCAGUCUUUUAUAGAGGAAUCAGAUGAGCUGUGGAUGCGGCACUGCCAGCGGGACUUUAAGUGUGAGUCUCCUCAGGAGUAUGAGUCUUGGAGAGAGUUGUAUUUGCGCCUGCAUGAAGAACGGGAAGAGCGCCUACGCAAGCUUACACAGAACAUUAGCUCUGCCCAUGCCAAUAAACCUAAAGGUCGCCAAGUAAAGAUGGCUUACGUGAACUCUCUUGCUAAGCCACCUCGUGAUGUUCGGAAAAGACAGGAAAAGUUUGGCACAAAGAAUGGCUCUACCAGCACCAGCGUUAGUGCUGCAGCUCCCAUCCCAGUCAAAAUCAGACCACACAGCUCCUACAGUCAGCCGAGUGAUGGUGGCCAGUCUUCCUACAGCAGUCCUCCUGAGCCAUCUUAUUCUCCUGCUCCAAGCAGCAGUGCUGGCCAUAGUUCUAGAGAAAAACCACAGGUCAAAAAAAUUGCCCCUAUGAUGGCUAAAACUAUCAGAGCCUUUAAAAACAGGUUUUCUCGGCGGUGAAGGAAAAGGAGAUGAAGCUUUUCUAUCAUGAGUAUAGAGUCCAUUCUCAUGUUAAAAUAAUGUUUAAAGCUGCAAUGCCCUCGCUUCUUUUUUCAUUUUUUAAUUUUAGUUGUGGAUAUGCAGAUCACUGGAAAACAAAGAAACAAACACAAAGACUUUUUGCCAUAGGAUGUGGUCAUGUUUCUCUCUUUCAGAUGAAUUACAUACUGUGCAGUACAGUACACUACAAUGGGACAUUGGAUUUUAUCUGUUUUUAUUUUGGAUAUUUAAUUACUGUUGUAAACAAAACUAGCUGCAUUACGCUUUGAAUGAGGGAGGAAUUUCCACAACAGUGUGAUUGUGUUUGUUGUUUCAGUUUGAGUUAAUUCAUGUUAAGAACAUAUCGGGAAAGAGGGAUUAGUUCGAUGAUAAUGACCCGACACAUCCACUUGACUAUUUAUUUGAAAUCCAUGGCUCUGCUUUCCCUAAACUUGGGCAGAUGGAAUUUGAGGACGAUCAAAAAUGAUAAUUUUAAUGCAUUUUAAUAAAUGUUAUAUGGACAUUUUUAAUAAAAUGUGUUUUCCCCCUUA